AUGCAUUUCCCAACGGCAAUUGUCUCUUUCUUGGCCGCAUUCCCUCUUUUGGGAGCAGCAGCUCCUUUGGUUACCCGUGCUGAGUUGUCCUCCGACACUACCGGUGCCAUCAUCGUCGGAGCUGACAAGCGUGGUGAACUAUCUGCGGAUACCACCAACUCUGUCAUCAUUAACAAGCGCGGCGAAUUGUCUGGCGAUCUCGGCAAGAGCCUCAGAGAGGGCAAGCGUGGUGAACUAUCUGCGGAUACCACCAACUCUGUCAUCAUUAACAAGCGCGGCGAAUUGUCUGGCGAUCUCGGCAAGAGCCUCAGAGAGGGCAAGCGUGGUGAACUAUCUGCGGAUACCACCAACUCUGUCAUCAUUAACAAGCGCGGUGAAUUGUCUGGCGAUCUCGGCAAGAGCCUCAGAGAGGGCAAGCGUGGUGAACUAUCUGCGGAUACCACCAACUCUGUCAUCAUUAACAAGCGCGGUGAAUUGUCUGGCGAUCUCGGCAAGAGCCUCAGAGAGGGCAAGCGUGGUGAACUAUCUGCGGAUACCACCAACUCUGUCAUCGUUAACAAGCGUGGUGAACUAUCUGCCGACACCACCAGCUCUGUCAUCAUUAACAAGCGCGGCGAAUUGUCUGGCGAUCUCGGCAAGAGCCUCAGAGAGGGCAAGCGUGGUGAACUAUCUGCGGAUACCACCAACUCUGUCAUCGUUAACAAGCGUGGUGAACUAUCUGCCGACACCACCAGCUCUGUCAUCAUUAACAAGCGCGGCGAAUUGUCUGGCGAUCUCGGCAAGAGCCUCAGAGAGGGCAAGCGUGGUGAACUAUCUGCGGAUACCACCAACUCUGUCAUCAUUAACAAGCGUGGUGAACUAUCUGACGAUCUUGGUAAAAGCCUCAGAGAGGCUUAA